AUGGUGGCAGUGUUCGGCCCUGAGUACCCGAGAGAGCCAACUGCCGCUGAUACAGAGAGGUUGUUGGCGAUCAAUGCCGAUAGGGGCUUUCCUGGCAUGCUUGGUAGUAUAGAUUGUAUGCACUGGAAGUGGAAGAACUAUCCAUUUGCUUGGGAGGGCCAGUACAAGGGGCAUGUCAAAGUGUUUGUAAGGCUUGCAGAAGGCCACUCCCCGGAGGUCAACUAUGAGAUCAAUGGUCACCAUUACAACAAGGGAUAUUACUUAGCUGAUGAUAUCUAUCCUCAGUGGUCCACUCUUGUGAAGACCAUACCAAAUCCGCAAGGAGAGAAGAGACCGAAGUUUGUCCAAAUGCAGGAGAGUGCUAGGAAGGAUGUGGAGCAUGCUUUCGGUGUGCUUCACUCUCGAUUGGGUAUCGUUCGAAACCCUGCAUUGACAUGGAGCACUCAGAAGCUUUGGGAGGUGAUGACUGCUUGUGUGAUCAUGCACAACAUGAUUGUGGAGGAUGAGCGAGAUGAUAGCAUCUAUGACCAAGGGUAUGAUUUUCAGGGUGAAAAUGUUGGGCCUGAGCAGCCACCUCCUGCAACCUUUGAAAAGUUUGUCCAUUUUAAUGAUGAAAUGCGUGAUUGGCAAUACUCAUGUCCAGCUUGGGAAUGA